UCGGCGGCGCACCGGCCAUGGCGCUGCCCGGGGCCGCGGCCCCGCCGCCGCUCACGGUGCUGAUGUCGGUGCGGGCCGUGCUGGCGCGCGCCGCCCGCCUCCCGCCGCUGCCCGCGGCCGCCGCGCUCCGCCUGCAGCUCAGCGCGGGGCCCGCGCGCGGCGCCCGCCGCUUCCGCCUCGGCCUCAGGCACGACGAGGCGGAGGGAGGAGCGCCCAUCGCCGAGUACGACCUCAAGGACGUCAUGUACAAGGUGCAGGGCCCCAAGAGCCACGAGCUGCUGGUGCUGGGGGCCUGGGACGAGCCCAUGCUCCUCAGCUUCCAGGAGGAGCGGGAGGCGCAGAAGUGGUGGACGAUCGUCAGCAGCUCCCUGCGGGAGGUGCAGAAAGCCUUCGAGAGCGCGUUGGCAGCCGAGGCCUCGCCCCCCCCGCCGGGUGCCGGCGCGAUCCCUGCGGAUCAGGGUGAGGAGGAAGCUCUGACCACGGAGAUCCGUGAGAAGGAGGACCUGGCCCUGCACCUCGCCCAGGCCAUCGAGUUUGGGGACGAGGAGGCGGCCUCCCGCUGUGCCGUGGCGCUGGCCCGGCACCAGGCCUCGCUCAGCAUCCUGCUCCGGGACAGCGCCUACCCCCCGGAGCACAUCAGCAUGAAGGUCGGGGUGGAAGACGCCACGUCCUCCGCCAGCAUCACGCUGCUGGUGCAGGCUCACACCACCAUCGCGGCGCUCAAGGAGCAGGUGUUCCGGGAGUACGGGUUCCACCCGCGGGUGCAGCGCUGGAUCAUCGGGCAGUGCCUCUGCCUGGACGACCGCUCCGUGUUCUCCUACGGGAUCCGCCGGGACGGGGACCCGGCCUUCCUGUACCUGCUGUCGGCCCGUGCGGCCGAGCUGAGCCCGCAGCGCCUCGAGGAGGACCAGGCACAGCUCCUGCUCCACAGCCCCCUGCCCGGAGCCAGCGGCGGCCCCGCAGCCAGCACAGCCACAGGGAAAGGCUGUGGGAAUGAGGCCGGUGGGAGGAUGGACACUGGGGACAUCAGCCAGUACCUGGACUCGCUGCAGCUCGGUGACACGAUUGGUGCCCAAGCGAAGCCUCCCUCCCCCAGCCCGCCCUCACCAGAGCAGGCGGGCUGGCCGUGCCCGCAGUGCACGUUCAUCAACAAGCCGACGCGGCCGGGCUGUGAGAUGUGCAGCGGGGCCCGGCCCGACGACUACGUGAUCCCCAGCGCCCACCGGCCCGACGAGCGGGAGCGGCGCCGCCUGCAGCAGGAGCAGGAGGGGAUGCGGCAGUACCAGCAGGCGCUGGAGGCCGAGCGGCUGCAGAACCUGGAGCAGCUGCUGCAGCUGGAGCAGGAGCUGCUGGUGCCCAACCGGGAGGUGCUGGAAUGUCUCAUCUGCUUCCAGAGGGUGCCCCCGGGCGAGGGGGUGCUGCUGCGGGAGUGUCUGCACAGCUUCUGCAGGGAAUGCCUGCGCCAGGUGAUCACGUUCAGUGAGGAGCCGACCGUGGCCUGUCCCUACCGCGACGAGUCCUACGCCUGCAGCAGCCACCUGCAGGAGCGCGAGAUCCGGGCGCUGGUGUCCCCGGAGGAAUACCGGCGCUUCCUGGAGCGGAGCCUGGUGCUGGCCGAGCGCCGCAGCCACAACAGCUUCCACUGCCGGACGCCCGACUGCCGCGGGUGGUGCAUCUACGAGGACUCGGUCAACGAGUUCCGGUGCCCCGUGUGCCAGGCCCUCAACUGCCUCCUCUGCAAGGCCAUCCACGAGGGCCGGAACUGCCGCCAGUACCAGGACGACCUGGAGCUGCGGGCGCGGAACGACGCGGAGGCGCGGCAGACCAGCGCCAUGCUGCAGACGCUGGUGCAGCGGGGGGAUGCCAUGCGCUGCCCCACCUGCCUCAUCGUGGUGCAGAAGAAGGACGGGUGCGACUGGAUCCGCUGCGCCGUGUGCCAGACCGAGAUCUGCUGGGUCACCAAGGGGCCGCGCUGGGGCCCUGCGGGCCCCGGUGACACCAGCGGCGGGUGCCGCUGCAACGUCAACGGCCAGAAGUGCCACCCCCGGUGCCAGAACUGCCACUGAGCCGGUGCCGGCAUCGCCUCGUGCCAUGGGGCGGCCGAGGGCCGGCGCCGCGGCCUGGGGACGCCGGAGGCCACGGCCAGAGCCGCGGCCAAAGGAGAGGAUGGACACGGACACGGUGGCCCCGUGCUGGCCCCGGCACAUGGCGGGUCCCAUGGAGCCGCCAGAACCCCCCUCCCUGUGCCCGGAGCGACGGCGGCCGCGGCACAACCGGCACCCGCGGAGCCUCGAUCAACCCAGGCUUUAUUGCAGCACCCGGGGGUGACGGGGGAGCUGCCACGGUGGUUGGGGGGGGGACACCCCGCAUCCCCCCUACUUGGGGGGCCGAUAAACCAUCUUCCUGCUCUUCA